UCAACGGAGUGAGAGCCUUCAAGUUGAUACAUGAGUACCUCUAUCUACUUGUCUACAUUUAUGACUUCCAUGUGUAUAUACUAAUGGACCAGCACAAGUAGCUCUACAUAUGAAUAAACCGCAUCUCUGUAUGUGUGUACUGAUGGACCAGCAUCUAUAAAUAAUCAAUCAACACUCUCGCAUGACUGGCAUCACGCACGGUGGGCGCUGGCGAUCACGGCGACCACUGACCGAAUCUUCAGAAUCCAUGGUCGAAGAGGGCCAUCCCGAUACCGCCCGCGCCUCGCCACAUCUAUGUUACCCCACCCCGCAAGUCCUCUACGACCACGGAUUCGUGGGAGUUAGUUUCGAUGGUAAAACCCGCUGCUGCACUAUGUCUCCCUUUUUGUCGUCCUUGGAGGCGUCGGCCUCCUUAUUCUGGGUGCCAACUGUAUCGAAGAAAUCAAAUUCGGCUUGCGCCUUCUCCUUUUCUUCCUUUUCCUUCUUAUCUCUGGCCUCCUUCUCUUGAUCUGUAAGUUACGCUUACAUGAGAAAAGAAGUCGACAGAUCUAGAGGAUGGUGAGCUGAUUUAUGCAUGCCUGUUUCCAGGUGGUAGUCUCGCCGAACAUUCCCGUCCUUGUCUUUCACCACCAGUCCACGCUUGUCUUUCGCCGGCUUGAUCGUCACGAGCUUGUCCAGGUCUCUCCUCAACAAACACAUCAGCAUGAAGACAGACUCUUUCGGCCGAUUGUCUGCCUCCAUCUGUUCCUUUGCCGUUUUUGUCCUUUUGUAUGACUUUCUCUUGGCUGCUCCUUCUUGCUUGUCUUCCUGUCCUCCUUCGUCUUUUCGCCAGACCACGUCGCUGAGCCAGGUGCCGUAGGGUCCGUCAUCAGGGACUUUAGCUUGCUCCUCUUCCGCCACUCCGCUUUCGUCGGCUACAGCGAAUGGUGAGGCCUUGGAUUGUUUUUUGGUGUCGCUGUCCUUCUUCUGCCUCGUCUCUUUGACACAGCCAAAAUACUCCUCUAGCGGCAACCAAAUUUCGACGAUUUGCACGCGGCCCGCUGCUCCGAAAGAAUAAGAGUGGUACCCGGUUCCAGCCGAGCCGAUUGCUCUACGUAAAAGGGGAUUCAGGAAGAGAGCCAAUGAGUCUUUGCAUGUGUGCUUUGAGGGUGAGCAUGUUACGUGAGCAAAAAGAGGAGACCAAAUUGGAAGAGCUCCAU